CACUUGUGCAGUUAGCUCAUGUAUAUAUUACUCUAUGAGUUAGCUAUAGCUGCUGACGCCUGACACUGACAGUUGAAAGUUUUGUCGCAAGAAAUUGUAAAUAUAAAAAAAACGAGGAUUAUGAAAUUAUGAAUGAGAGGGAAUGCAGGUGAAGUUCCGGAGACAAUGAUUGCUAUUAGAUUUUAAAGUUUUGGUAUAGAGAAAUUAUUUUUAAAUAAGAAAAAGCUUGAAUAGUGUUCUCCAUGAUGAAGAUUUCAUAUGUUAUAUGUUUUGUCAUGUUAAAUUUGUGGACGUCAACGAGGGGCGAAUUGUUCACUGCUAUUUCUGACGUGGAACCUUUAUUGGAGACACACAGGAAGAUUAUUGACGAUUUAGACGAUUAUAUUAAUAAGGAGGAAAAGAGGCUAUCUAUUUUAAAAAGGCAUCUAGUCAAGUACAAAAAUGAACACGAGAAAGCUAUGGACGACAUCCCCAACUAUUUGGGUAAUCCAAUAAACGCAUUCACUUUGAUCAAAAGACUGACAACAGAUUUGGAUUUAAUUGAGAAGAACAUUAUAUCGGGAACAGCAUACAUCAAGAACAUAACGAUAAUGAAUAACCACAGCGAUGUAAAGUAUCCAACGCUUGAGGAUCUCGUAGGCGCCGCUCAAGCGCUGACGAGGUUACAAGAGACCUACCAUCUUGAAGUGAACGAUCUUUCUGAAGGAAGAUUGAAUGGCGUCAUUUAUAGUACAUCAAUGAGUGCCGGCGACUGUUACCAGCUGGGCAAGGCUCUGUACAACGAGAAGGACUACACCAACGCGCUGGCGUGGAUGAUGCAGGCGCUUCGCAAGUACUCUGAGGAUGAAGAAGAGAAGAAUUUCACUGAAGUGGACAUCCUCGAGUAUAUUAGCUUCUCGCAUUACCUGCUGGAUGACGUAAAAAAAGCAAUGUUAUGGACAAAAAAAUUGCUAGAUCUGGAUCCAGAACAUUCGCGCGCGCUCGGCAAUCUGCCGCAUUACAAAAAAGCCCUCGAAGAGAAGGAAGCUAAAAACAAAAGGAGAUUGCGCGGGGACACAGGAGAAGUAGAUUUAGAUGAGUAUUUAACAGAUGCAGAUCAGCCUGAGAAAAAACCAGAGGCAUUAAGCAAGUAUGAGAAAGAAAGACAAUCGUAUGAAGCCUUGUGUCGCGGCGAAAUGGAAAUGCCAAGUAAAAUAACCAAAAAAUUAUAUUGCCGGUAUCUGAAUGAGAAUAACCCGUUCCUAAUAUUGGCUCCCGUGAAAAUGGAGUACAUGUAUCUAAACCCCGACAUCGUUGUGUUCCACGAGGUGCUGAGCGAUUCGGAGAUAGAACAUAUCAAGGAGUUAGCUAAACCGAGAUUCCGUCGAGCGACAGUACACGACCCGAAGACGGGCGAGCUGGUCCCCGCGCACUACCGGAUCAGCAAGUCGGGCUGGCUCAAAGAUGAAGAUUCGCCCAUCAUUGCGCGAGUGUCCCGGCGCGUGGCAGACUUCACCGGCCUUAGCAUGAUGUCUGCUGAAGAACUGCAAGUGGUCAAUUACGGCAUUGGCGGCCAUUACGAACCACAUUUUGAUUUCGCUAGGAAACAAGAACAUGCGUUCGAAAAAUUCAACGGCAACCGGAUAGCCACUGUUCUGUUUUACAUGUCAGACGUAGCACAAGGCGGUGCGACAGUGUUCACGGAGCUGGGCCUAAGCGUGUUCCCCGUGAAGGGUGCGGCGGUAUUCUGGCUCAACCUGCACCCGUCGGGCGAGGGCGACCUGGCCACGCGCCACGCCGCCUGCCCCGUGCUGCGAGGCUCCAAGUGGGUGUGCAACAAAUGGAUCCACCAAGGCGGUCAAGAGCUGAUACUACCCUGCGACUUGGAGUACCAACCCGAGAGCAUGAUCCGCACCCCACCCCGACCAGUGCCCAAAACGUCCAGAUAGGGGUUGCUCUACAAGUUACUUAAGAUAACUAAUUAUUAUGAAUGGACUUGACUAAAAUGGUAAAUAUAUCUAUUUUAACGUUUCAAAUGAAAUGAGUGACAUUAGAUUAAGCUAAUAAAAAUCCAGUGAACAAAAUAGUGACCACAAAAACAUGCCAUUUUUUUUUGAUCAACUAAAUCUAGUUAUCCAAAAGUGAUACCAGUAAAUAUGCCAUUGUUGCCAGUAUAGUUUACUUAAAUUUUAGUCAU